AGUCGUUUUCCUCCUGUGGGUAAACAUUGUCUCUCUGAGGAAACACCACCUUGUCACUCUCAUCAUUAUUUCUCCAUGUUUUCAGUCGACGCUGAGCAAUGGAACCUGAAGGCCUCAAGACGAUAAAGAUGGCAGCGCUCGGUCGUCCGUUCAGCCUCGGGAUGCUGUACGACUGUCGCCAAGACUCCCUGAUCCCUGGCAUGACAUUGUGGGGCCCUGACGCCCUGGAGAAGGAUGCACGAGAAAGACCCCAACCCAACAGUGAAUUUGAGAUAGUUGCAUCUGAAUCACUUGAGGACAAAUCUUCAGCAUUAAAUGUCCAAGCAUCCCUGAAGGCAAGUUUCUUGGCUGGACUAGUAGAGGUUGGGGGGUCUGCCAAAUACCUAAAUGACAGUAAGAUUUCCAAAAAUCAGGCCAGAGUGACACUCAAAUACAAAACUACAACCAAGUUCCAGGAGCUGUCAAUGAACCAUCUUGGAAGAGACAAUGUGAAGCAUCCGUAUGUUUUUGAUAAAGGAAUAGCAACACAUGUAGUCAUAGGUAUCCUUUAUGGGGCACAAGCCUUCUUUGUAUUUGACCGUGAGGUCUCUGAAAAUGAGAAUUAUCAAGACAUUGAGGGCAAUCUGAAGGUGAUGAUUGAGCAGAUUCCAGGCCUUGUAGUACAAGGUCAAGAUUCCCUGCAAAUGACAGAAACAGAUACUGCAAAUGUUCAAAACUUCUCCUGCAAAUUCCACGGUGACUUUAACCUUCAGAGGAAUCCUGUGUCCUUUCAGGAUGCAAUACAAGUCUACCAGAGUCUUCCAAAAUUACUUGGAGCAAAUGGAGAAAAUGCCGUGCCAGUGAAGGUCUGGCUGAUGCCCCUGAAAAUUUUAGAUUCUUCUGCAGCUCAACUUGUCCGUCAGAUAAGUAUUAGAUCAGUGAUGGAGGCACAGAGCUUCCUGGAGGACUUCAAUGAGCUGGAAAUGAGGUGCAAUGAUGCAAUGAAAAACAGCACAACCCAACAAUUCCCACAGAUUGGGAAAAAACUAAAAACCUUUAAAGAAUUGCUCUCUGAGUACAAGCUGGAAUUCCAGAGGACCCUGGCAAAGAAACUUCCAUCAAUCCGGGGAGGAGGGGAAGAGGAGGCUUUGCUUGCAGAGGUGUUGAAAAAGAGACAUUUUUCUCCAUUCAGCAGCAAAAACCUGAGCGUAGCAAAUGAGAAGAAGAAAGGUGCAAGCAUCCACCUUUACAAAGAAGGCUCUUUGGUCAGUGAGAACUUUGAACCUCCUUCAAAGCCUGAAAAACCAGCAGUAAGUGACACAACCCACAACAGUGUGACAGUGAAGAUUUCCCCACCAGGAUUCGGAGCAGAAAACAUCACCCACUACUCUGUUGAGUACUGUGUCAGUGGAGAAGAUGACUGGCAGCAAAUGACAGUAUUGACAGCUGGAGAAGUCACAGUGUCCAGUCUGGCUCCUAACACAGAGUACUUGUUCAGAUGCAGAGCAGUGUGCUCAGUUGGAAAAGGGCCAGCUAGUGAUGUCAGUGGUCCCAUUACAACCUUACCCACUAGUCCUCCUGGGAAACUGCAAGCUGACCCAAUUUCAAAUGAGCUGUCAGUUAGCUGGGAGAAACCUGCUGAGAAUGGCAAAGGUGUCAACAUUUUGAGCUACAUUGUAGAGUAUGCAAAAACAGCUCCUGGUGUGAAACAUGAAGACCUUGAAUGGAACCAAAUGGUUUCACAAGUUGAGGAGGCUAUCAUAUCUGGGCUUCAGCCAGAGACAGAGUACGCUGUCAGGGCCUCUUUCCCAGGGCCAAAAUUAUCAUAUCACUAUGUGUUUGAUUCAGUGCUCAAACUUUUUGAUGAAGAUGUGGCAGAGAACAUCAGGAUUCUGGUGACAUCUGCAGAUGAUGAGCUGCCACCAGUUCUCAAGUAUGAGGAGUACCACAAGGAUAAUUUUUAG